GAAAUCAACAAUCUUUGACUAAAAGAUCCGGUUUUCCUCCCCACACUCCUCCAAACCAAAUUUCAUUCUGAAACCCGAAAACAUUUAUGGGUUGUUUCCUUAGCACAGACUCAAACAAAACCAAAACAUUAUCAUCAAAAUCGUCAUCAUCGUCAUCAAUGUCAAAUUCUGAGCUAAACCCAGAUCUAACUUCAUACCAAGAUGCUUGCCAGUCGGAUCCGGAGCUCCAAUCUUUUGACACAGCACUCCAAGACCGAACAAGCAGAGUCAUCAACACUCUCGCCGCCGGCGUUGAGGUCCGUUCACUUUCCCUUGACUCCCUCCGGGAAGUCACCGGAAGUUUACUUGAUAUGAACCAAGAAGUUGUUAAAGUUAUACUUGAAUGUAAAAAAGAUAUAUGGGAAAAUGACCAAUUGUUCUCAUUGGUUCAAGAUUAUUUUGAUAUUAGUAUUUUAACUAUUGAUUUAUGUACUUCACUUAAUAAUUGUUUGAAAAAUGCUAGAUCUAGUUUAUCUUUUUUACAAAUUGUUAUUAAUAAAUAUGAAGCAAAUACUACUAGUACUGUUCUUGAGGAGUUCAAAGAAUUUAAGGCGUUAGACGGGCCGUUUUCUGGCGAAUUCUUUGAGUUGUUUCAACAAGUUUAUAAAAAACAAGUUACAAUGUUGAAAAAAUUGCAAACCCAAAAAGGGAAAGUUGAUAAAAAGUUGAAAUCAAUGAAGACAUGGAGGAGAUUGAGUAAUGUGUUAUUUGUGGCAACUUUUAGUACUGUUUUGAUAUGUUCGGUUGUAGCGGCGGCGGUGGCUGCACCGCCGCUUGUGACAGCAUUAGCUGCUGCGGUUGCUGUGCCAUUAGGGUCCAUGGGGAAGUGGGUGAAUUCGUUGUGGAAAAAGUACGAACAUGAGUUUAGAGAUCAGAGGGAGAUGAUUAGUGCAAUGCAGGUUGGGAAUUAUAUUGUGAUUAAAGAUUUGGAUAAUAUUAAGGCGCUUGUUGACAAAUUGGGAGAUGAAAUGAAAGGUAUGAUGGGAAAUGUUGAUUUUGCGGUAACAGAAGAGGAACAGGAGGCGGUGGGGAUGGUGGUGGAUGAAAUGAAGAUCACGAUGAAUGUGUUUGCGAAAACAAUUGAGGAUUUGAGUGAACAUUCGGAUAAGUGUAUAAGGGAUGUAAGAAGAGCAAGGACUAUGAUUUUGCAGAGGAUUAUUAAGCAUCCUAGUGACUCACUUUAGACCUUUAGGCGUAUGUUAGCUGAUAUUUGAUUUCUAAACCUUGUGGUUCUGAUAGAUAUGUCUUCCAGCGUAGACAUGUUUUGUUAUGUAAAUGAUUUUGGGUACCUGUAUUCUGGUUGGGUCCCGAAACGAGAGAGCAAAUGCAAGAAAUAUGUAUAACUUAUGGAUGUUGUAGUGUUAUUUGUUGUGAGUUUGUUAUGCCAUAUUUGGCUUAAUUAGGAUGAUAUGGAUUGGAUGUUGAUCUGACUGGUUUGCUGUUUAGGUUGUAUGGUCUUGCGUAAUAUUUCAGCUUAUUGGCUUAUUUGUGUUUGUUCGAUAAGUAAUGAACCUGCUGAACACUUGGAUUGCUUUAUUGGCUUAUUAGGAUACCAUGAGACUAAGUGUUUAUCAUAAGCUCAUUCAUCUGCACUAUAACCCAGCUAUAUCUGUAUGCUGCUUCCUACAUCCUGUUCAAGAUGCAUUUUAACAAGACACUAUUCAAGUUUGGUUC